AUGGAUAUCGUUCAGUCUUCACGCGCCUACUUCGCCAUGCCGUCACCUUCGGCUGAGGACAAAAUCACUCUCCAAGCCUCCAACACAGUCUACACCUACCACUGCCUGUGCAGCCACCUCCUCCUCGCUACCACCACGCCUCUACCCGCCCUUCCCACACGCCAGAAUUCGCAAGACAAGGCCCACAUCAUGCCGCUCCCACCUGCAUCCUCGUCGAACAAGUCGGACUCGACGUCGAAUGGCCACUAUGGCCUCCUUCUCUCCACGCGCCAAGAGCGCUCCGCCGAGAUGAUGACCAGCGACGACGGCUUCGAGAAGCGCUACCUCCAGCGCUGCGGGCGCUGCAACCUUGCCGUGGGCUACCAGCUGGACUGGGCGCAGUUCGGCGGAGAUCGCACAGGGCGCCGCGACGACAUUGUGUUCCUCAUUCCCGGUGGUUUCAUGACAACCUCGGAGAUGAUCAACCACAAGAAGAGUGCAAGUGCUGCGGCGAACAGUGGUGGUGGUGGUGUCGCAGGCAUGGCGUCUGCGACUGCUGUCGCUGCGUAG